UUUCGAAUCCACACCACUGCACCACCAAUCGCCCUCUUCUCCCACCCAGUCCCCCGCUCCCCUCCCCUCCCCUCCACGCCGCCUCCAUCCCCUUCUAGGGUUAAGGGUUCCAUGCGAUCUCGCCGCCCCGACGGACGGGAACCCUAAGCGCGUCUCCUCUCCGGUCGAAUCUCGAGCCGUCGCCGCGAAACAAAUGGGCAAGGGCGGGCAGGACGAGGCCGUUCGGCCCGAUGGAUCCGGUUCCCCCGGGCCCGACCCCGACGUGCCCGUCUUCCCGUUCUGGGCGCGCACCCCGAGCGAGUGCCUGGCGGAGCUCGGCGUUUCGGCUGACCGCGGCCUCAGCUCCGACGACGCGGCGGCGCGGCUGCACAAGUACGGGCCCAACGAGCUGGAGCGCCACGCGCCGCCGUCCGUGUGGAAGCUGGUGCUCGAGCAGUUCAACGACACGCUCGUGCGCAUCCUCCUCGCCGCGGCCGUGGUCUCCUUCGUGCUCGCGCUCUACGACGGCGCCGAGGGCGGCGAGGUCAGGGCCACCGCCUUCGUCGAGCCGCUCGUCAUCUUCCUCAUCCUCAUCGUCAACGCCGUCGUCGGGGUCUGGCAGGAGAGCAACGCCGAGAAGGCGCUCGAGGCGCUCAAGGAGAUCCAGUCCGAGCACGCCACCGUCAAGCGCGACGGCCGCUGGAAGCAUGGGCUGCCCGCGCGCGACCUCGUCAUCGGAGACAUCGUCGAGCUCCGCGUCGGCGACAAGGUCCCCGCGGACAUGCGUGUGCUCCAGCUUAUCAGCUCUACCCUUCGUGUUGAGCAGGGAUCCCUCACUGGCGAGACCUCUUCGGUUAACAAGACCAGCCACAAGAUUCAUCUCGAGGACACAGAUAUCCAGGGGAAGGAGUGCAUGGUCUUUGCUGGCACCACCAUUGUCAACGGCAGUGCCGUCUGUGUCGUGACGGGAACUGGCAUGUCCACUGAAAUAGGCAAGAUCCAUUCGCAGAUCCAGGAGGCAUCGCAGGAGGAGGAUGACACACCGCUGAAAAAGAAGCUCAAUGAGUUUGGUGAGGCGCUCACUGCCAUUAUUGGAGUGAUAUGCAUCUUGGUUUGGCUCAUUAACGUGAAGUAUUUCCUCACCUGGGAGUAUGUGGAUGGGUGGCCAACGAAUUUUAAGUUCUCGUUCGAGAAGUGCACAUAUUACUUUGAGAUUGCAGUGGCACUGGCUGUUGCUGCAAUUCCAGAGGGCCUGCCUGCUGUCAUCACCACAUGCUUGGCACUAGGAACCAGGAAGAUGGCUCAGAAGAAUGCACUUGUCAGAAAGUUACCAAGUGUUGAGACAUUAGGUUGCACAACAGUGAUUUGCUCUGAUAAGACAGGAACUCUGACCACCAACCAGAUGUCAGCGGUGAGGCUUGUGGCAAUUGGGAGGUGGCCCGAUACACUUAGGAACUUUAAGGUUGAUGGUACCACUUAUGAUCCAAGUGAUGGCAAGAUACAUGACUGGCCAACUUUGAACAUGGAUGAUAACCUCCAGAUGAUCGCGAAGAUAGCUGCACUCUGCAAUGAUGCAAGUAUUGCACACUCUGAGCAUCAGUAUGUUGCUACUGGGAUGCCCACAGAGGCUGCAUUAAAGGUUUUGGUCGAGAAAAUGGGGCUCCCUGGUGGAUAUACUCCAUCACUGGAUUCAUCUGAUUUGCUAAGGUGCUGUCAAUGGUGGAACAACGAUGCCAAAAGAGUAGGGACUCUGGAAUUUGACCGUACUAGAAAAUCAAUGGGAGUUAUUGUGAAAAAAGCUGAGACUGGAAAGAAUUUGUUGCUUGUGAAGGGGGCAGUAGAAAAUCUGCUAGAGAGAAGUGCCUAUAUUCAGUUACUUGAUGGAUCCGUCGUGCUCUUGGAUGAGGGUGCCAAGGCACUCGUAUUGUCAACACUUAGGGAAAUGUCUGGCAGUGCGUUGCGCUGUUUGGGCUUUGCAUACAAGGAAGAUCUGGCAGAUUUUGCAACAUAUGAUGGAGAAGAACAUCCCGCUCACAAAUAUCUACUUGAUCCUGCAUACUACUCUUCCAUUGAGAGUAAUCUGAUAUUCUGUGGUUUUGUUGGUCUAAGGGACCCUCCACGAGAAGAAGUCCACAAAGCAAUUGAAGAUUGCAGGGCUGCUGGUAUACGUGUUAUGGUGAUAACAGGUGAUAACAAAGAAACAGCAGAGGCAAUAUGCCGUGAGAUUGGGGUUUUUGGCCCCAGUGAAAAUAUUAGCUCCAAGAGCUUUGCAGGGAAGGAAUUUAUGGCUCUUCCUGAUAAGAAGAAGCUGUUGAGGCAAACAGGUGGCCUUCUCUUCUCAAGGGCAGAGCCAAAACAUAAGCAAGAAAUUGUUAGGCUGCUCAAAGAAGAUGGUGAAGUCGUUGCAAUGACUGGUGAUGGAGUGAAUGAUGCACCGGCUCUGAAGUUAGCUGAUAUUGGAAUUGCGAUGGGUAUUACGGGGACUGAGGUUGCAAAAGAAGCUUCAGAUAUGGUGCUUGCAGAUGAUAACUUCAGUACAAUUGUCUCAGCUGUUGGUGAAGGAAGGUCUAUUUACAACAACAUGAAGGCUUUUAUAAGAUAUAUGAUAUCUUCGAACAUUGGAGAAGUUGCCUCCAUAUUCCUCACGUCGGCUUUAGGCAUCCCAGAAGGCCUCAUUCCUGUGCAACUUCUGUGGGUCAAUCUUGUUACGGAUGGCCCUCCUGCAACAGCAUUAGGAUUCAAUCCACCAGAUAAGGAUAUCAUGAAGAAACCUCCUAGAAGAAGUGAUGAUUCAUUGAUCACUCCUUGGAUCCUGUUCCGCUACAUGGUUAUUGGGCUGUAUGUUGGGAUUGCAACAGUGGGGAUCUUUAUCAUCUGGUACACUCAUGGCUCUUUCCUGGGAAUUGAUCUGGCUAGUGAUGGUCACACUCUUGUUUCAUACUCCCAGCUCUCAAACUGGGGCCAGUGCCCCUCAUGGGAGGGUUUCAAUGUGUCAUCAUUCACAGCAGGGGCAAGGACAUUCAACUUUGAUGAAAACCCUUGUGAUUACUUCCAGGGUGGCAAAAUAAAAGCGACAACCCUCUCCCUGUCCGUCUUGGUGUCCAUUGAGAUGUUCAACUCACUGAAUGCCCUGUCUGAAGAUGGCAGCCUUCUGAGCAUGCCUCCAUGGGUGAACCCCUGGCUUCUUCUGGCAAUGUCGGUGUCUUUUGGGCUUCAUUUUUUGAUCCUCUACGUGCCCUUCCUUACCCAAAUCUUCGGGAUUGUGCCCCUCAGUUUCAACGAAUGGCUUUUGGUGGUAGCAGUGGCCUUCCCAGUGGUCCUCAUCGAUGAGGUUCUUAAGUUUGUUGGGCGGUGCUUGACAGCUCGUGCAAGAAAACAAUUAGGAAAGCGGAAGGAAGAGUAGAAGGUAGUGAUUGAGUAAUAGAUUGCAGGCUUGCCACGGGGGAGUAGACGUCUGGUGAUACCCCAUUAUUUUUCUUGAGAUCUGAGGGCUCUGCUCUUUGUUGAGCAUGAAGGAAGUUAGGGUACUCUAUAGAACUCAUAAUCAUGCCUCGAGUUUAACAGACUCAUUUAUUCAUUUGUAACAAAAAAUGGUGUUAUGAAUGUGCUGGAGAUACAGCAUGGUUUCUUGCCCA